AUGGCUGAUGUAUUUGAUUGGGAGGAUGAUGGCAUUGUGUGGAACUCGGCUUUGCUGUUUGGUCCUGAGUUCGGUGAAGUUCCUCCUAGAAUAAAGGUGUUCACAUGGAGAUUUAUCAUUGAUAGGCUACCGACUAAAUAUUUGUUGAUUAUGAGGGGGUUUGAUAACAUUUCCCAAAGUCCUCUUUGUGAGUUUUGUAGGAAUUACACGGAGUCGAUAAACCAUAUGUUUUAUCUUUGCAAUGUUUCGAAGGUUUUGUGGGAGCGCAUUUUUGUGUGGUUGGGGGAUGACUUGCCUUUCACAUUAGAGGAGUUUCAGAACUUUGGUGUCAUUCAAGAGAAGGUAAAGAAUGCAAAAGAUAGGAGAAAGAUUAACAUGGUUUGGAUUGCCACGACUUGGAGCUUAUGGAUUAUGCGUAAUGCUAUGAUCUUUGAUUUGGUGUAUUCCAAUAUUAUGUAUCUAUCUUAG